UGCAUGAUGUGUGCACAAAUUACGUCCCUUUCUGAUGAAUGCAUUGCAUUUCUGCGCUUUUUUGGUACGUGUUGAGAUGAAUGAACUGAAACUUCAUUUUGAAUUUGCAUUUUCCCAGAAUGCAAAGGUCUAGCUUUCUUUCUUUCUUCUUUCGCUUUCAUUCUACUCCAGGAAACGUUUCAACUCACCCACAGCCGCCUCUGUCAAGAAAGAGGUUGGCCUGUUCCACUCCCAUAACCCACAGUUCACACCACCUGGCUUGAUUUCACAACCAUUUCACCACCAUGACCUCCUUCCUCACUGUGCUGCUAGCCUCGCUUGUGCUUCUACUGUGCACCCCAUCUGCUGGAGCCAGGCAAAUCCACUCUGAUGAUGCAGACCAAGGAGGUCUUACGGCCUCCAAUGGUCAGCCAUUCCCUUGGGACAGCAUGCGUCUCCCCGACCACGUCCUACCGCUGCACUAUGACCUUCUCAUCCACCCCAACCUCACCAGCCUGGACUUCACUGGAGAGGCCACCAUCCAGAUGGCCGUGCAGAAAGACACGAGCGUCAUCGUCCUGCACAGCAAGGAGCUGAAGAUAUCCCACGCAGCGCUGCUGAAGUCGGAUGGUAGUGUCGAUAGGCCAUUGGAGGUGCUGGAGCACCCUGCCUAUCAGCAGAUCGCUCUGAUGUCCAGUGGGCUGAUGUUCAGGGCUGGGGAGGUCUACAGCGCUCGUCUGAAGUUUGCGGCCAAACUCUCAGAGAGCUUUCACGGGUUCUACAAAAGUUCGUACCGCACCAACGAGGGAGAGGUCAGGUAUUUGGCCUCCACACAGUUUGAGCCGACUAGUGCGAGAGCUGCCUUCCCUUGCUUUGAUGAGCCGGCCUACAAGUCCAGCUUCUCCAUCCGAAUCCGGCGGGAGAGUCGGCACAUCGCCAUCUCCAACAUGCCUAAGAUUAAGACGGUGACGUUACCCGGUGGCCUGUUGGAGGACCACUUUGAUGUGACGGUGAAGAUGAGCACAUACCUGGUGGCCUACAUCGUGUCUGACUUCCAGUCCAUCAGCAAGACCAGCGACCAUGGCAUAAAGAUUUCAGUCUACACCGUCCCUGAGAAGAUUGGCCAGGCUGACUUUGCCCUUCAUGCUGCUGCUCGACUCCUUGACUUCUACGAUGAAUAUUUUGAUAUACCUUACCCUCUUCCUAAACAGGAUCUUGCUGCUAUUCCUGACUUCCAGUCUGGAGCUAUGGAGAACUGGGGUCUGACGACGUACAGGGAGACAGCUUUGCUGUUUGACCCAGACAAGUCUUCAGCAUCAGACAAGCUGGGCAUCACCAUGAUCAUUGCUCACGAGCUGGCACAUCAGUGGUUUGGCAACUUGGUGACCAUGCAGUGGUGGAAUGACCUGUGGCUGAAUGAAGGCUUCGCCAAGUACAUGGAGUUUGUCUCUGUCAACAUCACCAACCCAGAACUGCAAGUGGAGGACAAUUUCUUGGAGAAGUGUUUUGAGGCCAUGGAGGUGGACUCUCUCCCCUCAUCGCACCCCGUCUCCUCCCCGGUGGAGAACCCUGCCCAGAUCCAGGAGAUGUUUGAUGAUGUGUCCUACGACAAGGGUGCAUGCAUCUUGCAUAUGCUGCGAGACUUCCUGACUCCAGAAGCGUUCAAAGUGGGCAUCAUGCGUUACCUGAAGAAGUACAGCUUCCAGAACACAGUGAAUGGACAUCUGUGGGAGAGUUUGACCAAUAUCUGUGCUUCGGAUGGCUUGGAUGAGGGCAGAUUGAUGGGGUCUUUAUCCUGUUCCAGCCCAAGGAAAAAAGAUGGGUCGUCAAAGUGGUAUGCUGAAGACGAGCUGGACGUGAAGGAGGUGAUGGACACCUGGACGCUGCAGGAGGGCUUCCCUCUGGUUACUGCGGAGGUCAAGGGUCGCGAGGUCAAGCUGAGCCAGGAGCGAUUUCUGAAGAGCGACAAACCCUCACACACAUCAAAGUUCCUCUGGCAAGUUCCCCUCACCUACAUCACCAGCCAGUCCUCAGCUGUGCAUCGCUUCCUCCUGAAGGACAGGACAGAUGUGCUGUAUCUCCCCAGCGAGGUGGAGUGGAUGAAGGUUAACGUGGACAUGAGUGGGUAUUAUAUUGUGCAUUACGACACCGCUAGCUGGGAUGCCCUGGCUAAUCUGCUGCAGCGCAACCACCUGGCCCUCAGCAGUAACGACCGGGCCAGUCUCAUCAACAACGUCUUCCAACUGGUCAGUGUUGACAAGGUGCCUCUGGACCGGGCGCUGGACAUCUCCCUGUACCUGAGUAGGGAGACAGAGAUCAUGCCCGUCACACAGGGCCUCCGGGAGCUGGUGCCCCUCUACAAGCUCACCGAGAAGAGGGAGAUGCUGGACCUGGACAACCAGAUGAAGGGCUACAUUGUGCGGCUCUUCAGAGACCUGUUUGAUCGGCAGGAGUGGAGUGAUGAGGGCUCAGUUUCUCAGAGGAUGCUGCGUAGCUACCUGCUCAUGUUCGCAUGCGUACGCGGACACCAGUCCUGCGUCGACAAAGCCAGCCAGCUCUUCCUGAAGUGGAGGGAGUCAGACGGGACUAUGAGUCUCCCUAAUGACGUCAACAUGGCCGUGUUUUCCAUCGGAGCGCGCACAGAGGAGGGCUGGGACUUCCUGUUUGAGAAGUACAAGGAGUCCAUCUACCCGUCGCUCAAGAGUCGCAUCAAGUCCGCCCUCACCAUCAGCCCCCUCGACUACAAGCUCAAAUGGCUGAUGGAGAAGAGUCUAGAAGGAGAGGUGUUGAAGACCCAGGACCUGCCGUAUGUGGUCACCUCAGUUAGCCGCAACCCCAAAGGAUUCAAGCAUGCCUGGGACUUCCUCAGGGCCAACUGGGACACUCUCAUCAAGAAAUUUGACCUGGGCUCCCAUUCCAUCUCCCACAUGGUCAUAGGAGUGACCAGCCAGUACUCAACCAGGGAAAAACUGGAGGAGGUGAAGGGUUUCUUCGGCUCCCUGACGGAGGAGAAGGGAGCUGGGCUGAGGUGCAUUCAGCAGGCCUACGAGAACAUUGAGGAGAACAUCCGCUGGAUGGACAAGAACCUCCCUCUGCUGCAGGCCUGGCUCAACCGACAGGAACUCAAGAACAAAAUCGAUCUUUAAAAAGGUUCUUAUGUGGACCCCUCCACUCCACUCCUAGCUGACGAGGUUUCAGUCCGAGGUUCAGAAAGUAAAAGCCCUGAAUUUGAUCAGUCGAUGGAUCUGAGCAACUGUCUCUGAAGAUGGGUCGAUCACUUACCCACACACUUUUGUUUUGUAAUAGUUAGGGGAAAAGGUUAUGGAAGGAAUUGUACUUUCUUAGCCCAGGAUGAACACCUCUGCUUGCUAAAAUGUCUUCAUCCACACAAUGUGAAGUGUAGUCCUUGUAGAUUUGUUUCUGGUUGUGGAAAAAGUGUUUAAGUACCAUUUUUGUAAUUGUAACACACAUCAUAGCACACAGCGCACACAAAGAAAUUCCAUUUCUGCCUAACCAUGUAGUGGUGUCUUGGCAAAACACACACAAAACAACUCAAGAGGACAUCAUACACCAUGUGAUAGAUCACUAUGGUCUUAUUCACCAGCAAAACAAGCGAUAGGCUGUUCCUCUAUUAGCCAGUUUACUGUAUGUCUUGCUUUAUGUGAAACACAACCAGGUUUUUUUUUUUUUUGAGAAAUCGAGUAUUUGAAACAGGGAUAAGCACUGUUUUGAACCUCUCUGUGAGAGUGUUCAGAUAAUAUUUUGCCGUUUUAUGUGGUACAUUUUGAAGUUAACUGAAUUUGAGACACAGAAACUUAUUUAAAAUCAUCAUUCCACUUAUAAUUUUGACCGAGUCAUUCAAUGACACUUGGCACAUUUGCCAACUUGUUACUAUUUGGAAUUUAACUUAAAGUCAAUUCUGCAAAUUGAGUUAAAGGAAAUAGGCCAAGCUAGAUCCAAGUGUGUUCCUUAUCAAAUGUUGCAGCUAUACUGCUUAUUUUAUGUUAUUUUAUUUUCUAGCUGCAAAGACCAGCAGUGUGAAGCGUUUUCUCAGGGAGGAUGGAGUAGGAGCCCCAAACACUGUUGUUACUCUGGCAAUACGGUUUUUGAACAGAACCUGUUGAUAAGGUAGAUUGCACAUCAUUGUUUUGCCUGUAAAACAUUGCUCCUGCCUUUUGCCACCCAGUCUCUAUGAACUUGGGAGAAUGUUGCUAUUUGUAUGACCCAUGUGUGUUUGCUUCUCAUUAAAAUGAGCUCCAACCCAGCCCAAAGGGCACA